AUGGCGUCCCCCGAGCUGGCCAUCGCCAAGGCCGCCUUCUCCGCAGCCCUCCUCCGCAAAGACCCCGUCCUUCCCAACAGCUGCACCCGCGAGGACGUCGACACCUUCAACGCCCUCUUCCAAGACGUCGUGCGGCAGUGCUCCCCUCAAAACAAAUGCAAACGCUGGAUACUACAAAAUAUAAUACGCUCGCCCGCCCGCUCUGCCGCGCUGGGCAAGUAUCUCGUUGCGGCGGCCAAUUCGUUCGACGACAAGCGGAGCAAUAAUCCUGGUAGUGGCGAUCGACCUAGGCCCUCAGCGAAGAGGAAGAGGCUUCAUGUCUUGUACCUACUACAUGACGUCUUAUACCAUGCGAAGUUUCGGGACCCUGGAAACGAUGAGUUCGCGAAGAGCGCGAAGGACUACUUGGCACCACUAUUUACCAGUGUCGCCUCGUUCUCAAACGCGCCCAAACAUAUCGAGAAGAUUCAAGACCUCUUGUCGUUCUGGGAGGAGAAGGCACUACUCGAAGCGGAUACUAUUCGGAGUCUCAGGGAUGUGGUUCAAGCUGCCGUUGUGGACAAAGAGAAGCUCCAGACCGCCGAGGCUGCGACCCAGGGCGCAGUAGCUGGGAACGGCUCCGGGAAGACGCCAAAGGAGGUCCCAUUCGUGCUGCCCCCACUGCACGGCGACCCGUCCAUGGCCUGGUUCGACCUUCCCGCCGCGAACUGGCUACCACACCUCACCCCAAACUCUACGAAACCUAUGAAGCCAGACAUGAUCAGGCCCCUCCAGCUCGCCUCGGGACCCGCCGACAAAGUCAUCGUAGAUGCCGUCAAAACCCUCCUCGCGAAAGUCGAUCGGCUCUUUUCGAAGGACAAAGGAUGGUACGACGAUCCCCACGCGGAUCUCAACGAGAUGGGCGAAUGCGUUAUUCUUGACGAAUCGAACGGGGAAGUUGUUGGAGGCGAGACGUAUUACGGAUGGUCGAGAGACUUUUGCAAGAAGAUGAAGGAUCGUCAGAGGAGGGCUCGGGGAGGGAAUGGCCCCGGCGAUCGCCGAGGACGUCGAUCCUCGCGGUCAAGCAGCCGCUCAAGUUCUCAAUCCCGAGAAAGAUACGGCAGUCGGUCUCCUUCCUCGACGCCUGCUCACAAGCGCAGGAGGCUAUCGCGAUCAUACAGCAGGAGCCGAAGCGGGGACAGGAGAGCCAGCCAGCACAGGGGCCGAAGUCGAAGUCGCAGCAGCUAUAGUCAGAGUCGGAGUCCCACCCGCAGUCGUAGUCGCAGCCGUUCCCCCCGUCGUAGCACGAGCCGCGAUCGCUAUCGUCGCCGUUCCAGGUCUAGAACCCCCUCGCCGUCGCGGACUAGGACAGAUCGCCGACGACCCGACUACAAAGACCGACGUAGUCCCUCGCCACCUCGCGCAAAGCCCGGUCUAGGUUCCGCCCCGAGCCCGGCAUACUCUCAACCGCAACAACCACCUCCACCCCCACCACCUCCUUACGGCGCCCAAGCACCUGGCGGCUUCAUGGGAUUCCCUCUAAAUCAGCAGCACGUCCCGCCUCCUCCCCCACCGCCCAACUAUACAGGUCAAUGGCCACCCCCACCCCCACCUCCUGGCCACAUGCCCGGUUGGAAUCCGGCCGCAGCGGCAAUGAUGAUGGGGGGAAACAUGCCGAUGCCAAUGCCGAUGCCGCCUGUUCCUCCACCGCCCCCGGGUAUGCCGGGUUCUUGGGGCGCCGGUCCGCCUCACGGUGGUCCGCAGGGUCAGUAUCCUUAUGGUCGGGGUGGUUAUCGAGGGGGUUAUGGAGGGGGAGGGAGAGGGAGGGGACGAGGAUGGUGA